AUGGAGCCGGCGCGAGGCGCACCCCAGGGGAGCGGCGGGGCCGAGGCGCUGCUGGGGGAGCUGGAGGCGCGGGUCCAGGACGUGGUGAGGGCGAGCUCGUGGUGGGAGCGCCACGGUGUGGAUUGCGCCAUCCUUGCGCUCAGCCUCCUGGCCUUGCCAUCUGGGUUCCUGUGCCUGUGCUCUGAGAACGUCCUGGUCUUUGUCCUGGGCAUCACCGUCCUGGGUGUGUGCCACUACACGCUCACCGUCAAGGGCAGCCACCUGGCCACUCACGGUGCCCUCACCGAAUCCAAACGCUGGAGCAGGAUCUGGGCACUUUUCUUUGUGGAGGUGUGCACGGCCUUCCCGGCGGAGUAUGCCAAGUACGGACACGUCAAGAUGCACCACGGACACACCAACGUGCUGGGCCUGGGGGACUCGAGCACGUGGAGGCUGCCUUUCCUCAACCGCUACGUUUACAUGUUCCUCGCUCCUCUCUUGAUCCCCAUCAUCACCCCUCUGGUGGCUGUCGAGCGGCUGAGUAAGGCGGAGCUCGGGACGGCUCUGCGGGGUCUGGCCUUGGUUUCCCUGGGCCUUUAUUCUCACUACUGGCUGCUCUUGAAUGUGUCUGGCUUCAGGAGCCCCUGCUCGGCCCUGGCCUGCAUGCUCGUCACCAGGUCCCUGCUGGCCCACCCUUACCUCCACGUCAACAUCUUCCAGCACAUCGGGCUGCCCAUGUUCUCCCGAGACAAGAAGCCCCAGCGGAUUCACAUGAUGAGCCUGGGCGUGCUUAACCUGCCCCGGCUGCCCGUUCUGGACUGGGCCUUCGGUCACUCCCUCAUCAGCUGCCACGUGGAGCACCACCUCUUCCCCAGGCUCUCUGACAACAUGUGCCUAAAGGUGAAGCCCGUGGUGUCCCAGUUCCUCCAUGAAAAGCACCUGCCUUACAACGAGGACACCUACCUGGCUCGCUUCUGGCUGUUCCUCAGUCGGUAUGAGGAGUUCAUGGUGCAGACCCCUCCCAUCACUGAGCUGGUGGGGCUGCAAUGA